CCUGAACCUUGCAUUCAUUCUACUAUCUCUCAGACUCUCACCAUAACAUAAUAAUCAAACACCUUUUUCUCCUAAACUUGAACCAGCGUAUGGAUUCCUUAACUGCCUCUUGUUUCACUCUCAUUGCCCUCCUACUCCUCACUCCCGAAGGUGUUAAGGGUGCUACCUUCACGUUCGUAAACAGAUGCGAAUACACAGUGUGGCCGGGUAUUCUUGCAAAUGCGGGUAGCGCGCCACUUGACAGCACCGGCUUCGAGCUUCCCAAAGACACUUCUCGCUCCUUUCAAGCUCCCACAGGCUGGUCCGGUCGAUUCUGGGGUCGAACCGGUUGCAAUUUCGACGGAUCAGGUUCCGGGUCUUGUCUCACCGGCGACUGUGGCUCCGGCCAGCUCGAAUGCAACGGCGCUGGAGCAGCCCCUCCGGCCACGCUCGCCGAGUUCACGCUGGGCACGGGAGGGCAAGACUUCUACGACGUGAGCCUCGUCGAUGGCUACAAUCUGCCUCUGAUCGUGGAAGGGACUGGCGGGUCGGGUCAGUGUGCGUCCACGGGUUGCACGUCGGAUCUGAACCAGCAAUGCCCCGCGGAACUCAAGGCCUCGGAGGGAAGCGCGUGCAAGAGCGCGUGUGAGGCUUUUGGUAGCCCCGAGUACUGCUGCAGCGGCGCGUAUGGUUCACCGGCCACUUGUAGGCCCUCUAUAUACUCCGAGAUGUUCAAGGCUGCAUGCCCCAGAUCGUAUAGCUACGCAUACGAUGAUGCUACGAGUACAUUCACAUGUACUGGUGCUGAUUAUACCGUUACCUUUUGCCCAUCCUCUCCAAGUCAGAAAUCUUCACGAGAUACGAGUCCCAUGACAUCAACAACAACAUCACAAGGGGCAGGGGCAGGGACGGGGACGGGGAUGGGAACAGCAAUGACAGGGACAGGGACUGGAACAGGGUCGGAAGGGGCAGUGGUAUACACGGGUGCGGACACGGGCGUUGGGUAUUCAGUUACGGAUUCCGGUUCAAGUUCAGGAUCCGGAGGAGAGACAAUGCUGGCAGAUGGGUCAUAUUUAGCUGGUUUAGCGAUGGGAGACUCAGCUAGAACUGUUUCCUCCGCGUUUCUCUACUCUGUUAGCUUUUUGCUCAUUGUCUGUUUGCUUUAGUUGCAGCAGCACAGCAUUCUUGUGGCUCUUGGUUUGCUAAAUGUAAAUGGGUCUUAGAUUUACGAGUUUUCAUGGGUGGGUUCACGAAUUUUGGCUUUGCCACUAAAGCUGGCAGAUUCUCUCUCACUGUAAACCACCCACCUUAAGAUUCGCCAAAAAAAAUAUU